GUAAACUCCACCAAGUUUCUAUUCUCACGUGCUACAACAACAGGACCCAAGAGCCAAAACUGUUGGGCUGUUGCCCUUCGACUUCGCCUACAAGAACAACCUACUUCUAAUGCUGUCACUGUCUCUCGCAGUCUUCUCCCAACACUGACAACGUUGUUCCAAUGGCGAAGACGAUCGGAGUCUUCUCUAAAUCUCCUCUAGUUAACGUCUCUUUCUCUUCAUUUAAUCGCAGCAUCCUACCUUUAUCGAGGUUUCUCGAUCUUGGUAUUGCAAGCUGUAAAUUCAAUGAAAGAAAGAGAGACUUAACUGUCACUCCUUCCACUGUUGUUGCUGCUCUGCCAACUGUUUGUGAAAAAUCUGCUUCACGGAUAACUUCAUUUAAUGAGUUGAUUGAGUCUUUGAUUAGUCGGGUGGAUUUAUCGGAAACAGAGGCUGAAGCGUCGCUGGAAUUUUUGUUGAAUGAAGCCAAUGAGGCUUUAAUUAGUGCUUUUCUCGUGUUGCUUAGAGCCAAAGGGGAGACUUUUGAAGAGAUUGUGGGAUUGGCGAGGGCAAUGAUAAAGCGUGCGAAAAAGGUGGAAGGCCUGGAUGAUGUGGUGGACAUUGUUGGAACUGGUGGCGAUGGUGCAAACACUGUGAACAUUUCUACUGGCGCUUCGAUACUUGCAGCGGCUUGUGGUGCAAAAGUUGCCAAGCAUGGGAAUCGUUCUAGCUCUUCUGCAUGUGGAAGCGCUGAUGUGUUGGAAGCUUUGGGUGUCAUAAUUGACUUGGGCCCUGAGGCAGUAAAAAGGUGUGUGAAUGAGGCAGGGAUUGGUUUCAUGAUGGCUCCACGCUAUCAUCCUGCAAUGGAUAUUGUCAGGCCUGUGAGGAAACGGCUUAAUGUGAAAACUGUAUUCAAUAUACUGGGUCCUAUGUUGAAUCCUGGACGGGUGCCUUAUGCUGUUGUUGGUGUAUACAAUGAAGACUUGGUAGUUAAAAUGGCCAAUGCAUUGCAACGAUUUGGCAUGAAAAGAGCAUUAGUUGUUCACUCUGAGGGCUUAGAUGAGAUGAGUCCCCUUGGACCUGGUUUUGUCCUUGAUGUCACCCCUGAAAAGAUUGAGAGAUUCUCCUUUGACCCAUUGGAGUUUGGCCUUCCUCGCUGCACUCUAGAAGAUUUGCGAGGUGGAGGCCCUGACUAUAAUGCAGAGGUCUUAAGGCGUGUACUGUCAGGAGAGAAAGGGCCAAUUGCAGACGCAUUGAUCAUAAAUGCUGCAGCCGCCAUGUUGGUUAGCAGCCAUGUGAACACGUUGGCUGAGGGAGUUUCCUUGGCACGUGAAAUCCAAUCAUCAGGAAAAGCUAUUAAGAAGCUUGAUUCGUGGAUAGAAAUUUCCAAGAAGAUGAAAGAAGAUCUCUGUGUGGGUGGAGGGCCUAAUUUUUCGUCAACGCCCGGUACAGAGUUUUGA